AUGAACACCGGUACUGAACCUUUCAUCGGCAUGCACAAAACGGAAUUAGACACACCCGCACUGCUGAUUGAUCUGGAUAAAAUGGAAGCCAACAUACAGACGAUGGCGGACUACUUCAGCACAGUAAACGCAAUGCUGAGACCUCACGUUAAGACGCAUAAAACGCCUAUCAUUGCCCAUAAACAGAUUGCUGCAGGUGCCAUCGGCGUUACCUGUGCGAAACUCGGUGAAGCAGAAGCGGUGAUCCACGCUGGCGUUCGAGAUGUCCUGAUCGCCAACCAAGUUGUCGGUUCAUAUAAGAUUGCCCGCCUCAUCAACCUCGCGAAGCACUCGGAGAUUAUGGUCGCAGUCGACAAUCCUCAGAACGUGCAAGCCAUCUCCGAGGCGGCAGUCGCCAAAGGUGCAACCGUCAGAAUGUUAAUAGAAGUGAACAUCGGCAUGAACCGGUGUGGUGUUGAACCCGGCAAACCGACGUUAGAACUGGCAAAUCAGAUUCGCCAAAGUCCAAAUUUGAAGUUUGAGGGAUUGAUGGGUUACGAAGGACAUACUGUUGCGAGGCCCGACCUAAAGGAACGGGAUGCCGCCGCACGUAAGGCUAUCCAACAUCUGAUUGACGCGAAACACUACCUCGAAAAACACGGUGUAGAAGUUUCUAUUAUGAGUGGCGGUGGCACCGGCACCUUUAACAUUACAGGAAGUAUUCCAGAAAUGACAGAAGUGCAGGCAGGUUCCUAUGUCUUCAUAGACUCCACCUACCGAAAUGUAGAAGGCGUUGGAGAGCAUUUCGACUGUUCGUUGUCUGUAUUGGCAACAGUCGUGAGUCGUCCAGACCCACAUCGAAUAAUAGUGGAUACAGGCUUGAAAGUGCUUGCAAAAGAGUUCGGAAUUCCGCAGCCGAUUGGUAUAACCGGGGUGGAGAUGACAGGACUCUCUGAAGAGCACGGCACUUUAAAAACUGUUGGGACAGGUAUCUGA